AUGCCCCUGGAUGAGGAUACGGCCCCAGAAGCCAAAGCGCUCCUGAACCAGACGGAGAAGGUCGAGCGCAUGACGGCGGAGCAGGAGGCUGUUCUCGCCAAGAAGUCUUACCUUCGUGGGAAGUCUGACGAAGCCUUGGGUGAAGAGCUGAACAAGCUACAGAGCCUCUCGUAUGAGUAUUGGAAGAUGCGCGUCUACAGGGUCUUCAGCAAGGAGUCCGUGAAGGAGGGCUUUGUAAGCUUCCUCACAUACGGCAAUGCAAUUUUCAUUUUAAUUUUCCUGCGCACCGUGGUGCCACGGCUACUAGUGAUAUCGUCUCUGGACGAUUUCUUCGGUUUCGCUAACGAGAUUGGUGUGCCCAACAGGCAGACCCUGAAUGACGUAAUUCGAAACAUUUCGAGUUACGACACACUCUUCAAAGCUCUUAUUUACACAGUGGCCUUCAUCGUCGAGAAGCUGACGCUGAUUUCUGAAAUCCUGCCGGUUCAGGUGGCCUUGAAGACGAUGUCCCCAGUUGUCUUUGGCGGCCUCAUCCCUGGCGCGCUGAUCUCCGCAACCUGUGAAACGGUGGGAGCCACUGUGAACUUCUUCAUCGGCCGCACGUUCUUCUUUCAGCGUCUGCGAGACUUUCAGCUUCCCGGUGAGCCGAAGCUGGGAGAUGCUCCGUGGUUCGGAAGGCUCGAGCGGGCCGCCGAGAAAGAGGGCUUGAAGAUGACGCUUCUGCUGCGUCUUUCCCACAUUCUCCCUGUGCCAUUCGACUCCUACUGGUACAUCCUGGGGGCGCUCCCUGUUGGCGUGCCGGAGUUUAUCGUGGCGCACUGGGUGGGCUGCCUGAAGACUGCCUUCCUCGACGCAUCACUCGGGCUUCUGCUGCUUACGUCUGGGCCUCACAGGGUCUGA